AGGUGCGCCGAUGGCGGCAAAAUGUCAGUCGCUCAGUAAACUUCGUUGACAGAGGUCGCGUCCAUAAUUAAGCUCCUAUACUACGCGUCGCAAAUUAUAAUUAAAAUAUUAGUGAUUUUUAAUAUAAUAGUGUAACUUUGAAGUGGAUUACUUCGCCCCAAACAAGACUUUUUAAUUUUUGGUGUCGGAGUUCGGUGGCGGCGCGCGCGUGGUGUGGGCCAUGUCUGCGGGCGACAGGGAAGCGGAGGCUCAGGCCAAGAAGGGAGAGGAAGGCGACAGCAAUGAGCGAGACAGUCGCGCAGCAGCCGCCCUUAAGCGUAACUGGUGUAUUGGAUUGAGGGUCACUGAAAUGAUAUUAUCAGUGAUCGCAAUCGGUCUGAUCGUAGGUGCUCUGUACUCGCCGCAAGUCGUACAGUCCGACCAUAGACACAUCGCACUCAUCUUUUCAUCUUAUUCCAGUUACAUUAUUAUUACUGGGGUGCUGAUCAUCGCGCGACUGCUGGGAGAGUCUGCGGGCUGGAGGACGUCCAUUGGCUUUUCCAUAAUGGGCUUCAUUAUGUUUACUGCCGCCGCUGCUGUUAUAUUCUAUGAUUGGCACAGAUCUUAUUACGCGAACCUCCGUCCCAACAAGGAAGCCUACGAUCUACUGAUCUCUUCUGGCGUAUUCUCCAUUAUAAACGCCGCGGUUUUCCUUGUUCACAUUUUCUUGACUUUCAAGAAAGAAGCUGAUUAUUAGGAAUAAGUGAUUUAAAAAUAAGUAACGUUAAGUUUUUGUUUAUAAUUUAACUACGGAAUCAAAGAUAGGAUAUUUUUAUGCAUAUAUCACUUUUAUUUACGCCCAAAGUAAUAUUCAAAUUUUAUUAUUUAAUAAUAAUAGAUAUAUAAUUAAGUAAUAGUUUUGUAUGCUUAGAGUUUAAGUAAAACGUUGUCCUCUUGUCGUAGCUAAAAGAAACUUGGGUAGCAAAUAACAGUUAUCGAUGUUGCAGCUAAAUAAAAACGUAAUUAUUUCUAUAUACUUUUUCGGCCGAGGAAGUGCAAGCUUUAUUAAUUAUAUAAAGAUAUAGUAAAGGUAAGUACAUAAUUUAGAUGUAAGAUAUAAAUAAGUUUUUUUUUUAACAUUACUAAUGGAUUUAAUACAAUCUUUUGUUUACUUUAACUAUUGUAUAUUAUUUACUAUACUAUCACAUUCCGUCAAUAUAUGACAAUUUUAAUUAGUGGUAUUAUCUAUAUUAACGAAAUAAACCACCGUCGAACUAACUUAUAUUAGAUUUUCUUACGAGAGUUGGAAGAUUGACUGUCUUUUGUUUUUCAUUUUUUAUUCCUUUGUUGUGACGUCAUAAAUUAAAGGCCAGGUUUCUUGUAUGUAGCCUUCUAAAACUAUGACGAAAAAUUCUCAAAAAGAAAUCUCUUUAAAACUCACAUUUAAUUCCAAGGAAACGUAAUAUCCAAUUGUGUUUAAAAUGACGCCUAUCAGUAUUGCUUUUUUAAUUUUGUUUUUAAAUCUUUUGAACAUUUACUGUGUUUAUUCUCCUUUCAUGUUUAUUUAACUUUUUAAUUUUUAAGCAUUAUAUGGUAAAAGGGAGAACCAAAGCAGUAAUCAGUAUCCGUCCAAUUUGUAGUUAAGUUUAUUUUUAUUAUUAUUAUUAUCAUUUUACUAUUAAAUUGCAAAAUUACAAUAUAUUUACUUGCCAAUGUAAAUUCUAGGUCCGUUGAAAAAAGCCUCUAAUUGUUAAAAGUAUGAUUUUUAUGUCGGUUUUCAUUUCAACGUAAACAUUGGUAGGUUUUGGUAGGAUAUUUUUCAUCAUAUUUAAAUGUAAUCUUAAUUAAUGUUAGUAAUUACAAUUGUCUAAGUUUGUUUAAUUUUAAGAAAUAUUGUAACGUUAGAAAAGCUAUUAAGCAAUUAAUAAAAUAAAAUAAAACGUGUUCUUUUUUCAAAAAAUAAACGAUUUCCAUUUUUGUUAUUUAAAUAACGAAUAAUUGUUAUUCUGUGGAUUUGGUUUGUUUUUUUUAGAAUGUAGCCAGUUUUGUUUAAUAGCUUUAACUUUAAUAAUAAUUAAAUAUAAAAAAUGUAAUUCGGCGCUAAUGUUACCUUUAUGUUAUUUGCAAUCAUUAUAAGGAAAAGGUACCCGCGUCUAAACGUAAUAUGUAUUUUGCACAAACACACGUAAAUUAUAUGAUAAACUUAUGUACAUAUGUAAUCUCUCGUAUUAUUAAAUAAAAAACAGUAAAA